UCUGAAGCGGUUAGCCCGGAGUGGGGACCCGUCUGCCUGCCGCAGUGAAGCGGGAUGGGGACUUCGGUUUGUUAAUUAUCACACACUGGGCUCAAAAUCGACGGCCGAAUCUUGCGCACGCCAGGAAAUAAUAAACAGCUUCAAAACUUCCAGAUAUCAGCGGAAAGGCAGCAGCCUGGAAGUGGAUAUAUUAUAAAAUCGCCGUUGAAUUUACUUUUUGUUCCUUCCUUUCCACAUCUUUGAAUAUCGCCAUCAUAACCGGGGGCUCAACAACACCUCUCUACUACUCCGGACGACUUCGCCGCCUUCCUCUCAGAGUUGACUGUAACUCGUACAUCGACGGCGAACCGGCGAGACCGGAGACUGAAGUCUGACAGCGAAACUGUGGACGGACGACGUAGUCUUGGCAGUGCAUAGCCAUGGCGUCUACCGCGUCGCCGGCCGAGGCUGCCCCUCCGGCGGCAGCGACCCCUCACCGGCCUUUGAGCAUCGAGGAGCUUUGCUUCACCUCCGCCAUGAGUUGUUUUGAGGGCUGGCUCAAGCUUGACCCUGCCAUUGGACCCCGGACCAUGGCAUAUGUCACCAAGUUCAUCUCGAGAACACUGGAGAAGACACACAAUCUAAAAGACGUCAGAGAGGUUCUGUCCAAGAGCGUCGAGGUCUGGAUAUGGCUCACUAGAGACUUUGCUGCCGCCAUCCCCAGUUUGACCACGAGGUCCAUCGGGCCCCUCGCCAGCCUCAACGAUCCUGACAAGGGCGUGACGCCGCUGGAGAGCACGGCCCUGAUAACGAAGAACUACCCCUCCCUCAAGGAGGAUCUCCAGCUGCUCAUCAAACUUAUGCACAUUGCAAGGAACCUUCUCGUCGUUCCGGAGCCCGAGAUUCCCCAGGACCUGUGUGCUGCCGCCCAGUUCGACCAGAUGCUCUACCAGACAAUCAUCCUCUGCAUCAACGUCACAAGUAAGGCUUAUGACGGUGACGUUCUCGAGGAGGCUGCUCGCUUAAAGCUGAGCGAGAUUACCGAGUUGUACAAGAAGCUGCUCGUGACAUGUCUCCAGCAAGCGCAUAAUUGGAUUGCCAAGAACGACCGCAACAAGAUGGCAUUUUGGUCCACCGUUCUUUUCGACGACGAUGCCCUCGCAGACGAGCCGGAUGGCAACGUCUACGGAGACUUCCGUCCCGACGUGGCCAAGACUGAAGUCCAAAACUGGUUUGAGCGCAAUUCGCGCUUCUGCGACAAGGCACGCCAGCUGCUUACCGAGUACGAGAACACUGUAGCGAGCAAAGGUUCUCCUCCGGGCCACCUGCCCUGUAUUUCUCCACUGGCAUGGAACUGGCUGCCCGAAGGCACGGUGCGUGUGCGGGCAGACGACGUCACCGACGACACCAAGAUCACGCCGCAGUGGAAAGAAGACGAGCCCGAUAAGUUCGAGCAAGACAAAGCCUACGGUCGGGUGUCGAGGGAGAUCGAUACGUGGUGGCUCAAGACUCGGGAUCCCAACUACGACGAGUGGGUCGUCCCUAUGCCGACAGUCGAGUUUGCCCAGCAGAGGACCGAGAACUGCAAAGCAAAUCUCGUCAACCGGUACGCCCACUCAUACCGCACUGCCGAGCACGAGGGCUCCGUUCACUCCGCCGAGGGCGCCUCAUUGCCCGGAGGGGUCGCAGACCAAGAAGGCAAGGACGGCGGCCAUUACGUCCACGAGUACAAUGAUGACAUGAUAGAGGAGGAAGACAUCGACGAUGACGACUCGUACGGCGAAGGGCCCAUGAACGGCCUGCUGACCGAGGUCCCCAACAUUCUCGACCCUAAGCAGAUCGAGGCGCUACAUAUGAUCGUCAAGUCCUGCAUCCUGGACAACGCCGGCUUGGCAUUGAGCCGGGCGGGCGAGAACCUCCAGAAGACACGAUGCAGGAUGUUCUUGGCACUUGAGUGCGGGAGAAGCCUGCUUCGGGAGAUUCUCGUGUUCAUUGCCGUCUGGGAAAAGAGCGAGCAGUCGCUGAUCUUCCAGCUCACGACGCAGAUCGUCGAGGCGAUCCACCACAGCGCGCUGGUUCCUUAUGCCUGGCAGUCUUUGCGCAUCCCCAAGGACAUCAUCUCUCCCGCUCAGACUGUUCUCCUUAGGCUGGUCAACAACAUGUUCCGAGCCCGGAACAACGACCCACCACCUGCCGACUCGAAGGAGCAUCUCCGGGACGUCAAGCUGCUGCACUUCCUGUUCAUCCAGUUCCGCAGCCGGAUAGUGCCCGAGUGUGCGGCGCUGAUGCAUCUGCAGGCCCAGAUCCGCAACGAGCUCUGCGACCCGGCCGACUUCCCAGUCGAUAGCUGGGAUAUGGAACGCGCCAAGGACGGGAUACAGCAGUUCUUGGAGCUUUUGAACACCGUCAUCGAGGUUCCCGAGACUCGGCGCUACCUGAUCGAAUGGGAAGCCACAUACGAACUGCUGACCCUUCUGAAGGGCCUAGAAGCCGGCGUGCCCAAGAAACCAAUGGUCGACCCGGCGAACAGCGCGGCUCACCGCCAACAACAAGCACAACAUGCCGCCCGCCAUGACGAUCAUGACCAAGGCUACGACUCGGAAGACCACCCGCUCGCCCCGCCUCCGCCGCUCGAGGAGCCAGCGCACAAAUACCCCUGGGCCGGAAUCAAAGGCCAGAUCCUGCACAUCCUGGCCGGCCUGCUCCAGCCACCGCCCGGCCGCAGCAGCCCGGGCAAUCCGGAGGUGCAGUCCCAGAUCCUCCGCCACAACGGCAUCAUCAGCCUGCUCAACUGCUGCGUCUACGACGACCACAACCGCUAUGCCCGCGAGCGCGUCCAGAUCUGCCUCAAGUGGCUCAUGGACGGCUCCGAGGAGGCCAACAAGUACCUGCGCGAGCUGAUCGCCACGUCCCCGCCGCCCAAUCUGCGGCCUCCCCAGGCGGGAGACGGCCAGACCCCGCCGACCACAUCCCUGCGGAUAGACGGCAUCGCGGGGGAGGUCAAGGUCCGCCUUCGAGCGCCCGGCGAGGCCGCGCCGCCCAAACCCGUUGUCCCUUCCAGCUCGUCUGCCGGUGCUGGGCGGGCGCUCCCGCCGCUGGCGUCUGCGGCCGCUGUCGCGGCGGCCGUGGCGGAUAUCGAUAGCAAGUUGGGGAACACGCACGACAGCAGGAACACGUUGCCGCCGAUGCAGGGUGGCGCGGGAUCGGGAACGGCGUCGUCAGCAACUUUGCCGCCGCGGAGUCGGCCCGAGGAGCUUCUGCGCGAUAUCAUCACGCUGGCGGACGAGGCGGCGCGGCUGGCGAUGGGGAGGAGGCUGGAUGCGGACGAGACGGAGGAGGAGGAGGGAGAAGAGGAGGAUUUUAUGUAAGUGUUGAAUUGUAGUUAUGUGGUUACGUAGACAAAUCAUAGAGCACGGGAUCUUCCAAGACUGCAAAAGGAUCACUAGGCGACAGGAUGUUCAACAA